CAACCUCCAUUAAAUUUGUAGCCCAGUGAAGACACACAGGCCAAGGAUGGGGCGUAAGAAUACUAAAAGGGAGAUUACAUUAUGUGGGCCCAUCCCAGUGUGCCUGAGCCUUGGUCAUUCUAUGUUUGUAUGUAAGCAGUCUCAUAGUCUUCAUUGUAUCAUGGGGCAUCAUGGGCCACACUGUUAACUUCUGAAGCUGCUGCUGCUGCUGCAGAAGCACUGAGGGGAGGAGAAUACAAAAAGCAAAACAGGAGCACACUACAGCUUGGCGGUGUAUUCACGUGUCAUUGGUUGGGAAUGAUCUAGUCAAAGAAUAGGUCUGUUUUUUCUUUAGCCCCUGUGGAUCAAGAUAUGAUUAUCUUUCGCACUGGCAGCAAAAGGCGAGUAGGCCUAAACCUGCUGUAGCAGUAAGUACUGUUUUAAGUGGCGUAGCAAAUGUAUUAAGAGGAUGGCUAGGUUAUUACGCUAAUUACUUUCAACCAAUCAUAACAGUCUACGUCACUUUGACCACUGCUCCCCGUCCUCCGCAAAUCGUAUUUCAGCAAGUGGAGGACCAAACAAGUACAUUUUUUCAGAUUGGUCUUAAAAAUAAAGGUGCGCUAGGGAAAUGUCCGACGGUCCAUGAAGGAGGCAUUGAUCCUGCGGAGUUUCGGGGAAGCGCAUCUGUGGCGCGUUCACAUCUCCACACACACACACACACACGCACGCACACAGACAGAGAGAGAGACAGAGAGAAACACGCCGCCAGCAUCCCCAAACGAAGGGACCACUCGUCUUGGCUUGACAACCUGGAAUCAGAACCACUGCAUUACAUUUUGUCGCGUGUGGUAACAGACGGUGACCGACGCCGCAGAAUGAUCCCGGGCCCUGCAGAGCCGUCUGGAUUCUGAGGCCCUCACAGAGAUCCACCUUGCACCGGCAAAAGGUACCCUCGCUGACCGCUUCGCCUCCAGCAGCAGCGAGCCCGAGACAGAAUGUCAAGGAGCCCUGAAGAAAGUCACUCCAGGGGCGGCGGCUCCGACAGUGACUUGAAAAUGGCUUCUUCUAGCAACACGUCUCCAGAGGGUGGACCUCCACCACCGCUGCACCAGAACCGUAUUCGGCAGUCCGACAGCAACACCAGUUUCCUGCGGGCUGCCAGAGCGGGUAACAUCGACAAAGUCCUCGAUUUCCUCAAAAACGGAGUAGACAUCAGCACUUGUAACCAGAAUGGUCUGAAUGCACUGCAUUUGGCUGCCAAAGAGGGACACAAGGAUUUAGUGGAGGAACUGUUAGAGAGAGGAGCACCUGUUGACUCUGCAACUAAGAAAGGAAACACCGCCCUCCACAUUGCCUCAUUAGCUGGGCAAAAAGAUGUAGUCAGACUACUGGUGAAGAGAGGAGCAGAUGUGAACUCUCAGUCUCAGAAUGGCUUCACUCCACUUUACAUGGCAGCCCAGGAGAAUCACUUAGAGGUGGUUCGAUAUCUGUUGGAAAAUGAAGGAAACCAAAGCAUUGCAACAGAGGACGGCUUCACCCCCCUGGCCAUUGCUCUCCAGCAGGGCCACAACUCAGUGGUCUCCCUGCUGUUGGAGCAUGACACCAAGGGCAAAGUCCGCCUCCCAGCCUUGCAUAUCGCAGCCCGCAAAGACGACACAAAGUCUGCCGCUCUGCUGCUCCAGAACGACCAUAACGCUGAUGUCCAGUCUAAGAUGAUGGUCAAUAGAACCACGGAGAAUGGGAAGAGUGGGUUCACCCCUCUGCACAUCGCCGCUCACUAUGGUAACGUGAAUGUCUCCACCCUGUUGCUGAACAGAGGAGCUGCUGUGGACUUCACAGCCAGGAAUGGGAUAACGCCUCUCCAUGUGGCCUCCAAGAGAGGCAACACCAACAUGGUGGCCCUGCUGUUGGACCGAGGAGCGCAGAUAGACGCUAAAACCAGGGAUGGGCUAACCCCCCUGCACUGCGCAGCCAGGAGUGGACAUGACCCAGCAGUGGAAAUUCUGCUGGAGAGAGGAGCUCCCAUCUUAGCCAGAACCAAGAACGGACUGUCCCCACUGCACAUGUCAGCCCAGGGAGACCACAUAGAGUGUGUUAAACUCCUGCUGCAGCACAAGGCGCCUGUUGAUGAUGUCACACUGGACUACCUCACAGCGCUGCACGUCGCUGCUCACUGUGGCCACUACAGAGUCACCAAACUUCUGCUGGACAAGAAGGCCAAUCCCAAUGUUAGAGCACUGAAUGGUUUCACUCCUCUCCACAUCGCUUGUAAGAAGAACAGGGUAAAGGUGAUGGAGCUGUUGGUCAAAUAUGGAGCUUCCAUUCAGGCCAUUACUGAGUCUGGUCUGACACCCAUCCAUGUGGCCGCCUUCAUGGGCCACCUCAACAUUGUUUUACUUCUGCUUCAGAAUGGAGCGUCUCCAGAUGUCCGUAACAUUCGUGGUGAAACAGCUCUCCACAUGGCAGCACGGGCAGGUCAGAUGGAAGUGGUUCGCUGUUUGCUGAGGAAUGGAGCAUUGGUGGAUGCCAUGGCAAGGGAGGACCAAACUCCCCUCCACAUUGCAUCCCGUUUGGGGAAAACUGAUAUUGUCCAGUUGCUGCUGCAGCACAUGGCUCAUCCAGAUGCUGCCACCACCAACGGCUACACUCCUCUCCACAUUUCAGCCAGGGAGGGUCAGGUAGAGACUGCUGCCGUGCUGCUGGAGGCCGGAGCCUCACACUCACUGGCCACGAAGAAAGGAUUCACUCCAUUACAUGUAGCAGCUAAGUAUGGAAGCCUUGAUGUAGCACAACUUCUCCUUCAGCGCAAAGCUCUCUCUGAUGAUGCUGGCAAGAAUGGCCUAACUCCCCUACAUGUGGCAGCUCAUUAUGACAACCAAGAUGUAGCUCUGCUGCUGCUGGAUAAAGGGGCAUCACCUCAUUCUACUGCAAAGAAUGGCUACACUCCUCUUCACAUUGCAGCCAAAAAGAACCAAUCAAACAUUGCAUUAGCGCUUCUGCAGUAUGGAGCAGAGACCAACAUUCUGACCAAGCAGGGAGUCAGCCCUCUUCACCUGGCAGCCCAGGAAGGACACGCUGAGAUGGCCGGUCUGCUGCUGGGCAGAGGAGCCCAUGUCAACGCAGCCACCAAGAGCGGACUGACUCCUCUGCAUCUCACAGCCCAAGAAGACAGGAUCAGUGUAGCAGAAGUGCUGGCCAAACAUGAUGCCAACUUGGAUCAGCAAACUAAGCUUGGAUAUACCCCUCUUAUAGUGGCCUGUCACUAUGGAAAUGCCAAGAUGGUGAACUUCCUGUUACAGCAAGGUGCCAGCGUCAACGCCAAAACCAAGAGUGGAUACACACCUCUUCACCAGGCAGCACAACAAGGAAACACACACAUUAUCAAUGUGUUGCUACAACAUGGCGCCAAGCCCAAUGCUACUACAGUGAAUGGAAACACUGCUCUGUCUAUUGCCCGACGUCUGGGUUACAUCUCCGUAGUGGACACACUUAAAGUAGUCACUGAGGAGGUCAUCACUACGACAACGACAAUCACAGAGAAACACAAGCUCAACGUCCCUGAGACCAUGACUGAGAUCCUUGAUGUAUCUGAUGAAGAAGGUGAAGACACCAUGACAGGUGAUGGAGGAGAGUACCUGAGAGCGGAGGAUCUCAGAGAGCUGGGAGAUGACUCGCUGCCAGGACACUACCUGGACGGCUUCAGCUACAUGAGCCACAAUCUAGACAGGACGCAGCACACUCCCAUUCAUCAAAGUUUCCAUCACAGGGAAGGGGUUCUCAUUGAAGACAUGCUUACAAGCCAUCAGGUAUCAGCACUGUCUAGAGAGCACGAAAAGGAGUCGUUCCGUCUGAGCUGGGGUGCCGAGCACCUUGAUAACGUGGUGCUGUCGUCCACACUGCUGCACUCUGGCCGUUCCUCUCCGUGCCUAGACAAUGACAACAGCAGUUUCCUAGUCAGCUUCAUGGUAGAUGCACGGGGUGGGGCCAUGCGUGGUUGUCGUCACAAUGGCCUGCGAAUCAUUGUACCACCAAGAAAGUGUUCUGCACCCACGCGGGUGACAUGCAGACUGGUCAAGAGACACCGUCUGGCCUCUAUGCCUCCUAUGGUGGAGGGUGAGGGGCUGGCUGGUCGCAUCAUAGAAGUAGGCCCAACUGGAGCCCAGUUUCUGGGUAAGCUCCACCUUCCCACAGCUCCACCCCCUCUAAAUGAGGGUGAGAGCCUGGUCAGUCGCAUCCUGCAGUUGGGUCCUCCAGGAACCAAGUUCCUCGGGCCUGUGAUUGUGGAGAUCCCCCAUUUUGCAGCUCUGCGGGGCACAGAGAGAGAGCUAGUGAUCUUGAGGAGUGAGACAGGGGAGAGCUGGAGAGAACACCACUGUGAUUUCACUGAAGAGGAACUGAACCAGAUACUUAACGGCAUGGACGAAAAACUUGAUUCCCCUGAGGAGCUUGAAAAGAAAAGAAUAUGCCGCAUCAUCACCAGAGACUUCCCACAGUAUUUUGCGGUGGUGUCACGAAUAAAGCAAGACAGUCAUUUGAUUGGCCCAGAGGGAGGCGUCCUCAGUAGCACUCUUGUACCUCAGGUCCAGGCUGUCUUCCCUGAAGGGGCCCUCACUAAGAAGAUCAGAGUAGGGCUACAGGCUCAACCCAUUGAUGUAGAGGUGGUGAGAAAGAUACUUGGUAACAAAGCGACAUUCAGCGCAAUAGUCACAUUGGAGCCUAGAAGAAGGAAAUUCCACAAGCCAAUUACAAUGACAAUCCCUAUUCCCAAGAGCUCCAACAGUGAUGGGCCAAGCACGGAGUUCACUGGGGAGACGCCCACCUUACGACUGCUUUGCAGUAUUACGGGUGGAACCACUCCUGCCCAAUGGGAGGAUAUCACCGGGUCUACACCCCUCACUUUUGUUAACCAAUGUGUUUCCUUCACCACCAAUGUAUCAGCAAGGUUUUGGUUGAUAGACUGCAGACAGAUCCAGGAGUCUGUCAGUUUUGCCUCUCAGCUCUACAGAGAGAUUAUCUGUGUUCCAUACAUGGCCAAGUUUGUCAUUUUUGCAAAGACACUGGACCCCAUUGAGGCCCGCCUGCGAUGUUUCUGCAUGACAGAUGAUAAGAUGGACAAGACCCUAGAGCAGCAAGAGAACUUCACUGAAGUUGCCCGCAGCCGAGAUGUUGAGGUGCUGGAAGGAAAACCUAUAUUUGCUGACUGCUUUGGAAACCUGGUGCCUCUUACCAAGAGUGGACAGCACCAUGUGUUCAGCUUCUUUGCCUUCAAAGAGAACAGACUGGCCCUCUUCAUCAAAAUUAGAGACACAGCACAGGAGCCAUGUGGUCGUUUGUCAUUCACCAAGGAACCACGCACGUACCGAAGUCUUACCCACAAUGCUAUCUGCAACCUUAACAUCACUCUCCCAGCAUACUCAAAGGAGUCUGAUUCAGACCAAGAUGCAGAUGAUGAGAGUGAGAAGAGUGACAAGAAAUUGGAUUGGCAGGAUGAUGCUGACAGGAAAGAGGAGACAUUAGCUAUCAUUGCUGAUCUUCUUGGCUUUAGCUGGACAGAGCUGGCAAGAGAACUGGAAUUCAGUGAUAAUGAUAUCCAACUAGUAAGAACAGAGAAUCCUAAUUCCCUUCAAGAGCAGAGCCAUGCUUUGCUGCAGCGCUGGGUUGAACGAGAAGGCAAACAUGCCACAGAGGACUGUUUGAUUAAGAGACUAACCAUGAUCAACCGCAUGGACAUUGUCCAUCUUAUUGAAACCCAGAUGAACAAGUCAAUUCAAGAGCAAACAUCUAGAACUUAUGCAGAGAUAGAGAAGACUUUGGAUCACAGUGAAGUGUCAGUAGCCCUAUCUUCAGUGCAAGAGGAUGCAGACAGUCCAAGAGCCAUGAGAAGGGUAGAGUCAGACCGCAGACCACCCCCAGCUGUUUCUGAAGAGGACCUCUCAGUUGCUUCCCUACUGGAUAUUCCUUCCUGGGCAGAGCCUGUUGGACACACCCACUCUGAGAGCAUGCAUGGUGACCUGUUGGAGGAGCUUGAGAUCCCACAUGAAUUGAACCCUAACUUGUGGACCUCUGAGGAUGUAAUCACACAAGAACCUACAAGUUACGACAACUCAGAUGAGCAAGUAUCUACAGCAUCUUCUGAGACAAAUCUUUCAGAAUCUUCAGAACAAAAAAAUAUUAAUUUAGAACAGACUCAGGUCUUUUCAACAGAGACUCCAUCCUUGGCACAUGAUUCAAACACACUUUUCACUGAAAAACUAGAUCUACCAAUACCAGCUGCAUUUGACCUUAGUGAAACACAAUCUGAAAUCAGACUGACCAAUAAAAAUGGCUCACCGCAGCAAAGAGACAAAGAGCUGUUAUUACCCAAACAAAAUGAAAAUUGUGGCAUAGGUGAACCAAGCUUAUUGACCCAAGACAGUCCAGAUGACCAAAUCAUUAUGUCCUCAGAGUCCACUCCAACACCACCAGGGUCUGGGUCCCCCCAGCUUGACCAGCUGUUGUUAGAUCUAGAAGAGAUGAAGCUUAAGUUUAGACCAGAGACACUUGACCAGACUCAGAAUCCAGAAUCCAGUGAUAAAAGCCCUGAAGAUGAUAAAAUUUACAAAUUUGAAGAGCAAUCACCUGAAAAUCGAUGGCCUACAGAAGAUACCCUAAGCGUCGAUGCAUCAUCUGUUUUGCACCUUGCAGAUACUAACCACACAAAUGUGGUGGUCACAGCAUCUGCACAUUUCCAGACAUCCAUUCAAGAAAAGCCUGGCAUAGUCACGGUCACUCCUGAUCCACCAAAAACCUAUGAGACAAGUAUAUCAUCAAGUCUUGGUAGUCAAGAUAGACUUAUAUACCCUCAUGAGUCCCUUUCAACUCCUGAAUCUCCCCAAAGAGUUUGUGAAGUGAUGGAACCACCAGUGAACCCAUUUGACAUAUUUCAGUCCAGCAAAUAUGAUGAAAAUGCUACUGAAACAUUUUCAGCUGUGACCCAGUCUGAUAUACCUGAGGAACAUCUGGCUAAUCUUCACGAGGAAGCUUCUACAGCUUGCAUUCUUCAAAGUCAAGAAGAUCUUGAAUCAGCUGUAUCAACACAUGGUUCAAGGGGUGAGUCAGAAGAAACUUCAAAACAGAGUACCCAAAAUCAACUUCCACAUUUAUUGGAGGCAACCUCUGUUGAAAACACUCAGAGUGAAGAUUUUUCUUCUCAGUCUCUUUCUGAUUUGACUCCAGAAACAGUUACAUCUGCAAGACAUUUUAGCUUUGAGGAACUGAUGCCAUACCACUCCUCAGGGAACUUGGAGACAUCCUCAGAUGUGGACAGGCCAAAGACUAGUGAACAGCAUUCAGAAGAUUCUCUGACUCCAGUAGACACUGAGUGUUGUGCUUCUCAGCUAACUUCAAUUGAACCCAAAGCAGAGAUGACUUCAUCAGCCUCUGAUGAGGAGUAUAGCAUCCCAAAUGGGUACACAGAGACCUUUUCAACAACCAUCCAGGCCUACAUGCCUCCAGAAUAUGCAAAAGUUGUGCACAAUGGUGCAAACAGUCCAACCUUUGAACACUCUGAUCCAGAGCCUUACUUUGACUGCAAACAGGCUGUAUCGGAUUUCUCAGAGACUGAGCCUGAUGAGCCUGAUCCAAGUGCUGGAUCAAGUGGAGAUAAGCCCUGUGAUCAUGUCGGCCAGCCUAGAGUGCUAGAAAAUGUUAAUCAAAAGGUCCUGUUGUCCUCUGGAAGUGAAGAUUAUGAAGAUGCCCCUUUUCUCCAUGAUCUGCUUUAUAAUGUACAUGAAGAGAAUGAAGAAUUGUUACAUCAUUCAGAGGCAUCAGAUGAAGAAUUCAACUUGUGUGAGGCUUCUCAACUGCCUCCUGUCUGUGAAACUGGGGCAUAUGAUGACACUGAUAAAUAUUUGACAAGGGAGAUCACCGCAGAGCUUGGAUCAAUGUCAGAAAGUUCAGAUGAUGAAUUUUUGACCACCAGAAUAGUGCGAAGGAGAGUUGUCAUUCAGGCGGAUGAGAUGCCUGACUUUCCUGCCCAGUCAGUGACAGAAGAAAGGUACAAGGAUGAAAAUGGACACAUUGUUGUCAAAAAGGUUACCCGUAAAAUUAUACGUAAGUGUGUUUCUGCGGAUGGUGUGGAUCAUGAACAAGUGUCAUCUGAAGGAAAUCACCAGGGAUCUCUCAGCAUGGCCGAGGGCGAUAAUUACUCUAAGGUAGUGAAGCGGACUGUACUGAAGAGUGAGGGGGACCACACUGAGGUAACAUUUGCUGAAUGUGAGGGUUUUACAGCAUCAAGGCAGGAGACAGCUGAAGGUUGUAAGGUCAGUCGUGUAGAGAGAACAACGGUGGUGGAGGGUAAAAGGACAAUGACACAGCAGGGUGAUCCAUCUUUGGCUUCUGACCUCCCCACAGCCCAAGACGACUUCAAACAGGCACUAGGUUACAUAAGUGGUUUUAACAGUACAGAGCUUCCUCAUGUGGUAGAGAGAGAGACUAUCAAAGAAGAUGGAACUGUGGUCAGGAGGGCCCACAUGCGUAAAGGUCGUACACUCAGACGAACAGUGGUGAAGGGAUCUGGGCAGCGCAAACAGGUCCUUCUAGAGCAAGUGGACCAUCCCGUAAAAGGGCCAAAACCAUAUGAUCUCCAGCAGCAUCUCCACCAGCUCUUUCACCACUACUAUGAAGAAGAAAACGAGGACAAUGAUGAAGACGAAGAAGAGGAGUAAGAGUAAAAGAAUGUUUAACACUCUCCCCAACUCCCUGGCUCCACCCAUGCUAAAGCCCCUCCACCCCACCACCACCACCAAUCCUAUGCAUUAGAUACAUGCAAUCCCAGUGUGCACCAUGGCACCUCAAAGCUACCACAGUCUUCCCAAUUAAGUCCUGGAAGAUGACCUGUUCACAGUUUGGAGUUCUCUUCCCCGGCUUGUAUGAUAUAUAUUCAUGAUUUUCUUUUCAUGUUCUGGUGUUGUUUUGCCUUUUUUGUGACCAAAGAAAGCCUUCUCUUGUUUUUCUGAUUUAUUUUACUUAUCAUGUCAGAUUUGUCCUUGAUAUUUUUGUCUUGAUGCUGUGGUAGAGCAACAAAAAAAGGAACGAAAGAAAGAUAGAAAGAAAGAAAAUAGAACAACACUAUCCACAUCAAAUAACUCACAAACCUCCUGAAGGUAAAGAACACUUUACCUGCAAAAUACUGGUAUUACUGUCUGAGUAAGUGCUUGAACUGAAAGACAGUAUCUCACAUUGCACUGCCUCUCACAACCAGUUUCUCAGAUAUUCCUUACUUUAAAAGUUGUCUCACUCCCUGUACUUGCAUCUCCGCUCUUUUGAUUCAGGUGGUCAAGAUGUCACACAAAGAAAACUAGACUGUAUCAAUACUGAAUUUAACUGCUGCUGCUGCUGCUGUUGCUGUGUUUUGUGUAGGCUAUGUAUAAUCUGUCUUAAGGUAUUAUAUAUUAUCUAUAAUAUAGACAUUACUGACAUCAGUAGCCUAGGAAUUAAUAAUCACUCAUGUGAUAUAGAGCAGGCAUGACUAAUCAACAUCUGUCAUUAUGAUCCUAGCUUUGAAUGCUUUGUAGUUCUAUGGAUUACCCUUCUGCCUCUCUUUCCCUUUUGUGUGUCUGUGUGUCUUUCUUUCUGUGUUAUUGUGUAUAAUUUGAUUUUCAUUUUUGGCAUUUUUCUCUUAAUUUCUUGAUCUUGACCCAUCCUGUGUGAAUGCUGAAUGUGUGAGUGAGUUGCACUGUAGGUACUGUGUUUUUGAGUGUGUCCAUGCAUGUGUUGAGUUAAAUGCGGCAUUGCCACCUCAUUUGAUGAGUGUUAUUGUCACAGUUAUUUACAUUUAUUUUUAACUCUGUUGUUUGACUGUCAGUGAGAAAUUUCUAUUUAUUAGGAAGUCUCUCAGAACUUAGUGAAUUAGGGGAUCAGAUGUUUCAGCUUUAUUUAAUAUUUUAUUUAAUUUUAUGUUUUGAAUGAGAAAUUGUUGGACCAGGUUUUGGCAGUUGCAUGGUGUGUGAGUUUGAGUGAAUGAGUCUGUGUAAAAGAGUGCGUGUCAGUUUUUGUCAGCAAAGAAAAGAAAGUUUUAUUUUACACAAAUUGCAUUUGCACUCCUGAAUGUCAGAAUGGGAACACCUCCAUGCUUUGGUGCACAAGCUAUGAGAGGUACAAUAUAUCUUAGCCACAGAAACAAUUUGGCUGGACAGAUGUUAAAUGCAAGCUAUUGUUACACUAGUCAUCACACGUGUGAAGCAGGUUGAGAGCUUAAAUAUGCCAUUAUUCACAGCUCUGAGCAUCGCUACUGUAUGUAUCUACAACAUAUAAUGUAUUUAUUUCACUAUCACUGUUUACUUUGUGAUUUAGAAAAAUAUAAAAUGCAAACUAGUGGACGUUCACUGUGACAGGUAUGCUUUUAAUUUGAAGAAUCAGCAUCCCUUUUCUGUGAUGAUGACAGUUAUAUACAUAUACAGUGCAUAUAUAAAAAUCUAUAGGGGCAUGUAUUACUGUAACAAAAUUCAAAAAGACAAAAAAUGGCUGCAGUGUGUCUAUGGCUGAUAGAGAAUAAAAGUCUACAAAUGUAAAGUG